AAGACGCAGAUCACCAGCUUUCCUUUCUUUUGUUGUUGUGUCCACGUCCGAGUGGUGACCCUCUCGGGAGGGAAGGCGCUGGGUGGUUCAGCGGGGGCCCUCAUCGGUCCCUCAGAAUCACGCAUCAGAACCGGAGUGUUUCAGAGUGUCCAGCUCCCGAGUCUUUCGAGGGGGGAUUCUCAUAUCGUCUGCAUGGCAGACGUUUCCACCCUUGAGGCUUGCCCUCAAGUUCGAUGACGUUGUUGGAUUUCGGGCAUUCCGCUCGGAACAUCGUGUGCGCCUUCAAGCCUGGCUGCUUAUUUGGCGUCUUGUCCCGAUCAGAGUGGGCAGAGGAACCACCCAGUCUCCUGGGCGGAUGUCGUGCCUGCGCGUCUUGGCCGUGCGGGCCCCUCAAUGCCUUUCCCUGCCUCCUUCUCGAGGCGCUUCUUUACUUCUACGAGAGAACCUCCGGGGCGAGCUCUUGGUUUUAGGGGAGCAGGGACAUUGGGGAAGUGGCAUCAUGCUUCCCAUGGACCAGGAGGUGAGGGCUGAGCCCCAGCGAGGUCGGGCACGCAUUGUGCGCCUGCACUGCUCGAGAGAUGGCUUCCUCGAUGUCGAUGGUGUCAUCCUCUGCCACGAUGGUUGCGAGCUUUGCCUCAAUAGAGCGGAUUCCCCCCUCUGCCGUGCCAUUGGAUGGCGCCCUACACGCUGCCGAGCGUACAUGUACGAUGUCUUGUCCCAUGAGGAAUGAUAUGAACUCUACCGAGGUGAAGAGAGCAUCGUUGUCAGAGAUGAGGACUCGCGGAGAGAAGGGGGCGAUCACUUCCUCCAGGAGUCUCUCCUUGACCAUCCGAGAGGUGAUGCGGCCUUCAAACGGGAUAGCCAUGACAUAGCGAGUCAGGACAUCCACGACGAUCAGGCACUUGAGUUUCUUCCUUGGGUCCUGUUUGAUCCGGAACUCGGUAAAGUCGAUCGCCACGCAUUGCAUGGGACCAUCCGAGUGGGAGUUGUUCCCAGUGUUAUCAGCGGACGGCUCGAUGGGGGGGAGCUUGCCAGGUGCUCCCGAAUCCUCGUCAUCCCGGCGGGGGCGCUGGGAUGCCUGUGAAGGGGGGUCAGGCGAGCGAGACCGCCUACGAGAGCGCACGCCCCCCGGCCCGUUCCUCCACCCUUCGGUCCUGGCGCCCGGAGCUCCCUGGCUCCGUGUGGCGACCGAUCGGGGACCCGUGGGCUCCUCAAUGUCGAGCCGGACAAUGUGUCGGCGCAGCUCGUGGAAUCUUCCAGAAACCGAUGCCUUCUGGAACAUAGCCCGGAGUUCCUUCGCGCGGUUUGCGUCCGCGCGCUGGCGAAUGUCGACCCGAUCGAGCCUGGGGUCGAUGUCCUUCGGACCCGCCGGGUCUAGAAAGUCGUACCCGGCAAGCAUCAUCGCGAGAGACACCUCCUCCCGGUCAAAGUAGUCAUGCAGCUCCUCGACCACUUGCUCCUUAGUGAGGUCCAGUCCGGCCGCGCCGAUGCACCACGCAGUCAGUUCGACUACCAGUGACGGGCUGGCCAUCAGGGCGCCCCAUCUGCGCAGUGCAUAGUUGAGAAUCUUCUGGUGGGAGCAGCGGACGAUCGAGCCCAGGUAGGCUUGCAUGACGAUCGUGGCUUCGGGAACAUUCUCAGGAAUGUCGUGGUGAGUCAAUUCCUCCAGCAGGGAGAACACCUCCUCCGUGGUCCAAGCCUGCAGGACCCCGUUGAGCAACAUGAAGUUGAGCAUGAAUUGGCGCAGAGCCAGCCGGCCAGGCUCGUGGAGGUCUGAGGGUAGUUUGAGUCCCACGACUCGGAUGGGAGUUUCGCGCUUGGCCUCCUUCGGGGCGGGCGUCAGCGCCUUCAAGAACUUUCCAACGUUCUCGGGAGUGAUGUUCAAACGCCUGACCGUCGAAGGGCCGCCAGGCGGCCGCAGGAGACUGCGAGCCUCCUGCUGGGCAAGAUAGAGCGGACUCUUCUCGUCGGGGAGAUCCAUGGCAGCCCCGGCCAUUUCGGCCGUGCCCAUGGUGACCCCGGGGCCGGGCCUCUUGCCGGGGUCCUCCCAGAGCUCGGAGAAUGCCGAAACAACCUCGGGAUCCUUCAGCAGCAGCUGCGCGCCCGGAAAGAUUGGCUCACCUUUCCGCAAAAGAUCCACGACUACGGGGUAGUACUGCUCCCCAUAGCGCUCGGCAGCCCGCGUCGCCACUUCGUGGCGCUUCUGGUUGCUUGGCAAGAACUCCAAGGCCAUCUCUCGCAUGCCCUCCAGCGCUGAGGGACCAAAGAUGGAGUCCUGGAAUUGCUGGGAGAGGUCCGGAGUGAUGCAGAUCCUGGCAAUCUCCGCAUCUGAGGCUCGCCGCGAGCCUGGCACCCUGUUCCGAAAAGCUUGAAUUAGGGUGCUGGAGGAAAGGAAAAGUGUGACGUACGCGUCGGCAAAUCGAUCACUCGUGAACAGACGGUUCGCUUGGUUCAUGCUGACCACCAGGGCGAAUACCGCAUGGACGAUCAGCACUCUCGGCUCUUCCUGGAUCCGGGGCCUCCACAGACCCGGCAGGGUCCCAAUGUCCUGCGACGGGUCAGCAGCGUACUGUAGGAUGAUGGAGAGAAGGGCACAGGCAUCAUCCACCUCGGGCAUCUCGAAGUGAGCCGCGCUGGCAUGGAUCUCCACGUCGCCAAAGCGGAUGAGGGUGGCCUGCGGUCCCUUCACGGCGGACUCCUCGGUGUCGCGUCGGAAGGUGAAGUUGGGGAGCGACAUCUCAGCUAGUAUCCCGGUCGGCCACAAUGUAUGUGGCAGAGUACGAUCGCUGCCUAAGUGAAGCGCAGCGGUGUGGUCCCCGGGUAGGGGAUCGGGCAACGCGUGGAUGAACGGCAACGUGUGUAUGUCUCUGGUGGAUGCAAGGGAAAAUAUGCAAUCGGCAGCGAUGCAGGCGCAUCGGUGGACACAGGGCGAGGGCCGCCGCCUUAUAUACCGAGGCUGUGGCACUCGCACAAGCGUUGGCAGUCGUCAGGAUCACGGGCCGUGUCACGAGCGGGG